UGUCAGAGUAGGUUCUUUGCAAUUGUUAGUUUUCUUGUUUAUUUUCGGAUACUUGCGACUUAAAUACUUUCAUCAUACUCUAAUUUUAAAAGAAAGAAGAAAAAAUAUUCUGUAAGGAACCACCACUUAAAAGGAUAACUACACACUGUUUAUUCGGGAAAUAAUUUUGAAUUUUAUGUAAACAUCCAUUUCAAGUUACAAGUAGAAUGGCAGGAACUUACUAUUUCGUUAUAGUUGGACACUCUGAUAACCCUAUAUUCGAGAUGGACUUUAUACCAGUCACUAAGGAAGUAAAGAAAGAAGACAACAGACACCUAAACCAGUUUAUAGCUCAUGCAGCGCUGGAUCUAGUAGAUGAGCACACAUGGAAGGUCACCAACACUUACCUGAAGUCAGUGGACAAGUUUAACCAGUGGUUUGUUUCCGCAUUUGUGACUGCAAGUCAGAUGAAAUUCGUUAUGGUUCACGACGCACGCAAUGAAGACGGCAUAAAGAACUUCUUCACAGACGUAUACGAAGCAUACAUUAAGUUAUUGCUAAACCCCUUUUACAAGGAAGACACAACUAUCUCAUUCCCAGCAUUUGAUAAGAAAGUUCAGCUGUUAGGUAAAAAAUAUCUAACAUAGAAGUAGGUAUAUCACUAAUUUCUUGUUAAUUUCUGAGAAAUGUUAAAUUAUAUAAACCUGUAAUAUAAUGAAAUUAUUAUUUAAUACUAAUUAAGUGUAUAUACUUACAUACCUACUUAUUAUGUGUACAAUAAAAUAAUUGUUGUCUAUUUUGUCUUUGCCUGAGUCUAGUCAGAGUAUCUUUCACUAUGAGAUUAAUCAAUUAUGGCCAAUAAUAUCAAACUGAAAAUUUCCUUUUGUGGUUUUUGCCUGCCAAAAAUAAAUGUGAACGAGAUGUUACUACAGCAUGUAAAUAGGUAAAUGAUUUAGAUCUAAUCCAGGAUAAUAAAGUGUGCAUCUAUACCUACACACCCCAUGUAUGCAUCUGUUAAUAUUUAAAAAAUAAAAGAAAUUUAGUAUAGCAUUAGUUA